GUCUGGGGCCUGUUUGCCCAAGUUAGUGAUAGGGGCCUGCGGAAACAUGAAGAGGAUAAAUAGCUGUGUGAAGAAUGAAGAGCAUGUCCUGGAGGAGUUGGAAACAGAAGGUGAGAGGCAGCUGAAGAGCCUCCUUCAACAUCAACUUGAUACCUCUGUCUCCAUUCAAGAAUGUGUCUCUAAGAAAGAGAGCUUUGCCCCGGGUACCAUGUACAAGCCCUUUGGGAAGGAAGUAGCCGGGACAAUGACUUUAUCCCAGUUCCAGACACUACAUGAAAAAGACCAGGAAACCGCUUCUCUCAGGGAACUAGGGCUCAAUGAAACAGAAAUACUGAUCUGGAAAAGCCAUGUUUCAGGUGAAAAGAGGACAAAGCUGAGGGCCACCCCUGAAGCAAUACAGAAACGGCUUCAAGAUAUUGAAGAAAGGAUCUCAGAGCGCCAGCGCAUCCUUUGCCUGCCACAGAGGUUUUCAAAGAGCAAACAACUGACCAGGCGAGAAAUGGAAAUUGAAAAGUCUUUAUUUCAGGGAACUGAUCGUCACUCCUUCCUUAAGGCUCUUUAUUACCAAGCAUACCACAAAAAGACAAGUGCAGACAAGUACAUGACCUCAAUGAAGAGGAAGAUAAAAUUAGGCACAAAAGGCAAGUCGAGAGUUGUACUGGGGAGGCUUUGUAGAACUUCCAUAUCUCUUUGUCUUGAUCCAGAUGAACCCCCAAAGAAGAACAAAGGUGAUCCCAUGAACAACCUGGAAAGUUUUUACCACGAGACUAUAAUGAAAAAGCGUCUUGAAGAGUUCCAACUUAUGAGAGGUGAACCCUUUGCUUCCCACUCACUGGUCUCAGCUACAUCAGUGGGUGAUAGUGGCACAGCUGAGAACCCAUCACUCCUCCAGGACAAGGGAAAGCAGGCAGCACAGGGUAAAGGCCCCAGUCUCCAUGUGGCAAAAGUUAUUGAUUUUCCACCUGAGCAGUGUUGGACUGGGCCUAAGAAGCUGACGCAACCAAUAGAGUUUAUCCCUGAAGAUGAGAUCCAGAGAAACCGUUUAUCAGAGGAGGAGAUCCGAAACAUCCCUAUGUUUUCUUCAUAUAACCCAGGGGAACCAAACAAGGUGCUAUACCUGAAGAACCUUAGUCCUCGGGUGAAAGAAAGGGACCUUAUCUCAUUAUUCGCUCGCUUCCAGGAGAAAAAAGGACCACCCAUUCAGUUCCAAAUAAUGACUGGACGCAUGAGAGGGCAGGCUUUCAUCACCUUUCCCAAUAAAGACAUAGCAUGGCAAGCAUUGCAUCAAAUAAAUGGAUAUAAACUUCAUGGGAAAAUAUUGGUGAUAGAGUUUGGAAAGAACAAACAGCAACAGCCAGCUGUCCAGGGUGCUUCCCUUAUAACAUCUGCUACAGAUAGCAGUACAGAAAUCAGUGGUAGCUAGAAUACAUAUCGACACACGUACAUACACAUUUGGAUAUAUGUAUGUGUAUAAACACACACUCCUAUCUUUCUUUUAUCGUAAUCUAAAAUCUAGGAUAUAUAUAUACAUAGAAGUUUGUUUUUGGCCGGGCGGUGGUGGCGCACGCCUUUAAUCCCAGCACUCGGGAGGCAGAGGCAGGCGGAUCUCUGUGAGUUUGAGACCAGCCUGGUCUACAAGAGCUAGUUCCAGGACAGGCUCCAAAACCACAGAGAAACCCUGUCUCGAAAAACCAAAAAAAAAAAAAAAAAAGAAGUUUGUUUUUAAAGUGAAGAGGAAAUAUUAGAAAGACAGUAAUUAGGACAGUGGCUUUCCACAUUUAAAGAGAAUUGUUAUAAAAAUUUCCCAUAAUUAAAUACUGUAUAAUCUAGAAAAUGACAAUAUAAAAUUGACACUAUCCUGAGUAUUAAAGAUAAUAAUCAUGCACUAUAUAGGGUAGAAAGUACCCUGAGCAUUAAGAUCAUAGAAAACCUUUAAUUCUCAGGGUAAGUUACAUUAUUGUUCCUGAAGAUUCUUUAAAAUUUUUGCAGUCUUUAAUGUUUAGUCCAAAUACUUUUUCUGAGACUGUUUCCUGUAUACAAAGAUUUGAAACUAAUUCAAUGUUAAAAUAUUUAUUUACUAGAACUCAUUGUGUUUUGUCAGAACUUUAAACAGUUAUAGUAGGGAGAUUCAUGAGUUGAUCAACAUAUUUAAUGAUUGCUUACACUGAGUUUUCACAGUCCUCAAAAAGAUAUAUAUUAUAUAUCUAUAUAUCUAUAUAUUAUAUAUACAUAUAAUGCUGGCUUCUUUUAAGCCAAAAUAUUGGUAAUCUCAUGAUACUAUUAAAUUCAAAACAAUAGACAUUAAACAUGGAGUAACUGCCUAAUACAUAUUAAACAUUAGAUAUAUGAACUUUAAAGAGGGAACAAACUAGCAGAGAAUACUAUAGGGACAGGAAAGAAAGUUCUAUACUUUAGAAGAAAUGCAUCCUGCCUCAAACUCCUAGUGAUUUGUUUAUAGUUGUUGAAGAAUAGAAACACAAUAUGGUAUAGACUAGGUAGUACCAACUUUGGAGUCAGACCUGUGAUCCUCAUAGUCACACAUGUUUACCAACUUCAAAAGCCACUUAAUCUGAGCCUCAUUGAUCUCAUCUGUACAGUAGAGUAAUAUUGCUCCUUACCUCACUGAGUAAGGGUUAAAUGAGAUUAUACCAUCCAAGGGGGAAAAGUGAAGGAAAUGUAGGAAACUCCAUUAAGCACAUCAAACAAUAUAUAAUAAGAAUUUCAUUUCAAAAGGGAGAAAGGUGCAUAAAUACCGCAAGACAGCCAGGUGGUGGUGCCGCAAGCCUUUAAUCCCAGCACUUGGGAGGCAGAGGCAGGUGGAUCUCUGUGAGUUCAAGGCCAGCCUGGUCUACAAAGUGAGUUGCAGGACAGCCAGGACUGUUAUACAUAAAAACCCUGUCUCAAAAAAAAAAUACUGCAAGAGGACCAUGGCUUAGUAAGUAAAGAUACUCACCACCAAGCAUGAAGACCUGAGUUCAAACCCUAGGACCUACAUGAGAGAAGGAGAGAAACAGUUCCAGGAACUCUUCUGAGAUACACUACUACAACAUGGAAGAACCCUGAGAAUAUGUUCAGUGAAAGAAGCCAGUCACUGCUGAAGGAAAAUUGUAGGACUCAAUGUAGAUGUAGAUGAAGUAUCCCGAAUUGGUCACACACACACACACACACACAGAUAAAGGGUAUGUAGGGAUAACUAGAGUGGAUGGGAAGUCUUUGCAAGUAGAUGAAAAUGUUCAUAAAUUUCAUUAAUACUUGUAUAGCAAUGAAUAUACCAAGUGGAUGAAUUUUGUGGCAUAUGAGUCUCAGUGAAACUCACAAAAAUAGGAACUUGGACAUUAUCCAAAUGUCCAUCUGUCAACACGAAUGACUUAUGGCACAUCCAUUUAGUGGGAUACAAUGAAGCCAUUAAAACAGUGGACUCGAUCUAUGAAUAUAUUGUGACUUGUACCAAGUUUUUAUAUUAAGUUAUAAACUAAGAUGUAUGUAUGUAUGAGAUGUAUGUAUAGUAAGGAUACAUUUUUAAGCAAAUAGUUCAUGUGUAUAGUUUGUAGAGAUAAUUUCAAAAUCAAUGUAGGAAAGAAAUAAGGAAUGUGUAUAAUAAGCUGUAAACCUUCUGGAAGUAGGACUGUACAAGCUGAAAAGACACCUUCACCUUGUGUUGUGGUUCGGAGUGUUUUUUACCUUUUUCAAUAUUUUUUAAAUUAAAAUAAUUUUUAAAUAUUCUUACAAACACUUAGCUUCCAGAAUAUUUGUCAGAACCACUCUGAGGAUUUCUGACUUCACUCAGGACAAACUUCUAUUCAUUUGCUAUAUUGCUCACAUGAUUAACGCUCCAAUUUUUGAUAAUGUGUAAGGGAUGAGAAGUGAAGGACCCUGGUUACAGCUUCUUGCACAGUUACCCAGGGAUGUACUUCUCAGCCAGGAUUCCCAGAAGGGACUCCUUCGUCUUAGGUGGAAAACCUUACCUCCUCCUCACUAGACCUACAGACCACAUACAAAUGGAGAAAACUAAAAUCGAAGAUACCUUUCAACUGGUGCAGAGAUACAGAAACUGGUGUAUCCAGAUGAUGAAAUUCUACUCAGCAAUAAAAACUAAGGAACCAUAUAUGCAACAACUUGGAUAAAUCUUAAAUGUAUUUUGCUAAGUAGAAGCCAGACUCAAAUGGCUGCUUACUGUUAUAUUUCAUUUGUGUGUUUUCUGGAAAAGGUGAAGCAAUAAGGCAGAAAAAUCAGGAGAUACCAAGUGUUGGAACAAGGGAUUUUUUUAGUAAUGGGAACUUUAUGUUGUUUAUAGUUAAAAUGUGUAUGUGUUUGUUAAACUCAGAAUUAUACACCAAAAGAAUGAAUCUUAAUGUGUGAUUUUUUAAAAAAAAAAUAAAAGUAA